GCAUGCGCGGGCCCCCCCCGCCCCCCCCCAGCCAUGGCGAGCCGGGGCCGCGGCCGGGGCCGGGGGCAGAUGACGUUCAACGUGGAGGCCGUGGGCAUCGGGAAGGGGGAGGCGCUGCCCCCCCCCACGCUCCAGCCCUCCCCGCUCUUCCCGCCCCUGGAGCAUCGUGCGGUCCCAUUGCCGGGGGGCGAGGAGGGCGAGUACAUGUUAGCGCUGAAGCAGGAGCUGAGGGGGGCCAUGAGGAACCUCCCCUACUUCAUAAAGCCGGGGGCACCCCGGAGAGAUAUAGAGCGUUACUCAGACAAGUACCAGAUCUCCAGCCCCGUUGACAGCGCCAUUGACUGGAACCCAGAUUGGAGGCGGCUGCCGCGGGAACUGAAGAUCCGGGUGCGACGGCUACGGAAGAACCGAGCCACCAUCCUCGUUCCCAAGUGCAAGCAGCGCGUGGCGCUCGACAAGGAGGAGACCAUAAAGAAGCUGGAGAGUCUGGAGAAGAAGGAGGAGGAGGUGACAUCGGAGGAGGAAGAGGAAAAGGAAGAGGAGGAGGAAGGGAAGGAGGAGGAGGAAGAGGAGUACGAUGAGGAAGAGCAUGAAGAGGAGACCGAUUACAUCAUGUCCUACUUCGAUAAUGGGGAGGACUUUGGUGCUGACAGCGAUGACAACAUGGAUGAGGCUGUCUACUGACCCCCCCCGACAUUGGGGUGUCCUCUGUCACCCCCCCAGGACAUUGGGGUGUCCUCUGUCACCCUGCCAGGACAUUGGGGUGUCUUCUGUCACCCCCCCAGGACAUUGGGGUGUCCUCUGUCACCUCCUCUGGACAUUGGGGUGUCCUCUGUCACCCCCCCAGGACAUUGGGGUGUCCUCUGUCACCUCCUCCGGACAUUGGGGUAUCCUCUGUCACCCCCCCCGGACAUUGGGGUGUCCUCUGUCACCCCCCAGGACAUUGGGGUGUCCUCUGUCACCUCCUCUGGACAUUGGGGUGUCCUCUGUCACCCCCCCAGGACAUUGGGGUGUCCUCUAUCACCCCCCCCAGGACAUUGGGGUGUCCUCUGUCACCUCCUCCGGACAUUGGGGUAUCCUCUGUCACCCCCCCCGGACAUUGGGGUGUCCUCUGUCACCCCCCAGGACAUUGGGGUGUCCUCUGUCACCUCCUCUGGACAUUGGGGUGUCCUCUGUCACCCCCCCAGGACAUUGGGGUAUCCUCUGUCACCUCCUCUGGACAUUGGGGUGUCCUAUGUCCCCCCCCCCCAGGACAUUGGGGUGUCCUCUGUCACCCCCCAGGACAUUGGGGUAUCCUCUGUCACCCCCCCAGGACAUUGGGGUGUCCUCUAUCACCCCCCCCAGGACAUUGGGGUGUCCUCUGUCACCUCCUCCGGACAUUGGGGUCUCUUCUGUCACCCUCCCAGACAUUGGGGUGUCUUCUGUCACACCCCCCAGGACAUUGGGGUGUCCUUUGUCACCCCCCAGGACAUUGGGGUGUCCUCUGUCACCCCCCAGGACAUUGGGGUGUCCUCUAUCACCCUUCCCAUCACCACCACCUUCAGCCGCCAGGGGGCACUCGUGCCCCAGGGAUAGAGGGGGGGGGCACACCCCGGUGGUGGCAGCUCAUGGGGUUCCCCCAUUGCCCCCAACUUGGGAGGGGGGAUCCCGAUCCCCUGCAGCCCCCCCGGCCUUGUUCCCAGGCUGGGGGCGGUGGGAUUGUCCCUUUGGGAUGUGGCUUUACAGAUGGGGGGGGUCUCAUAAAGUGUCGUGUCCCCCCCGUGUUGUGUUCUCCCCCCCCCCCC